AUGGAAUCAGGUCAAAGCGCAUUCGACGCCGACGUUUCGAUGUGUACAUUGAUAGGAUUCGCCUUUUCCUUGAGUACCAAUAUCAUCGUCACAAGUCUGAUAGCUGGGCGUAUCUGGUGGAAUGCUCACCAGCUCUGCAAGCUUCUUGUGGGGACUCAACCUAGUCGGUUGUAUCGUCGAGCAAUAGCUAUAAUCGUCGAAUCGGGUGCGAUAUUUUCGGCUUCUCUCUUAAUCCUCCUAGUGCUCUACUCUUUGAAAUUCAACGCGGUGUAUGUCUCUGAUUCCAUUGCCCAAAUUACGGGUAUCGCGCCGACAUUGAUAAUAGUUCGAGUUGGCAUGGGUUAUUCUGUGGACUCCUCGGAUAGCAGAGACGAUCAAUGGAAUGACUGCCAAACUCAGCCCCGGACGGAACUUAGUACAAUGCAAUUUGCGAGAGAAGGCUCGACACAUAUCGUAUGA